AAGGCGAACGUGGUGCGAUUAACGCUCUCUAAUCGCCGCAGGGGCAUCAUCCGAAUCGAUUCGGCUUCCGGCGGCGCACUCGCCGUUCCUUCAUCGCCGCCACAUUUACCGAGCAGCACCACCAGCUUCUCCGCCGCGCUCGCGAGCGCUCGUGCGGGAUUCACUGCACUGCCCGCUUCUUAAUCCGUCACGCCGACCGCAGCCUUCCUUCCCGUUCCAUUCUCACCGAAGCUCCGCGACCAAGGACCAACCUUUCUGGUAAGAGGAUGACAACCUUCUUGGAGCCCUCAAGCUUCUUUCAGGUACGACCCUCCUCUGUUCGUGCCUUCUCCAUGCCCUUCCGGUCAUAUGUCGUAUGUUGCUCCAAUGGCAACCCCUCCACGGUAGUGCUCCUUGGUAGUUCUCGUGAUCUAGAAUCACGUGAGCGUAAAGUUGUCCGCCUUGGUCUUCCAAGCAAGGGCCGUAUGGCUGAUGAAACGUUGAGCCUUCUUAAGAAUUGCCAGUUGUCUGUAAGGCAACUUAAUCCACGACAAUAUGUAGCUGAUAUCCCACAGCUCUCAAACUUGGAGGUGUGGUUUCAGCGACCCAAAGAUAUAGUUUGCAAAAUACAGUCAGGUGAUUUGGACCUUGGUAUUGUUGGUUUUGACACAGUUUGUGAGUGUGGACAGGGAAAUGAUGAUUUAAUUGUAGUUCACGAGGCACUUGGUUUUGGAGCCUGUUGUUUAUCAAUUGCGAUUCCCAAGUAUGGAAUAUUUGAAAAUGUAAAUUCCCUGGGUGAGUUAGCAAAAAUGCCUCAAUGGACAAAGGACCGACCUCUGCGGAUAGAAACUGGAUUCUCAUACCUGGGGAACAAAUUCUUUCAGGAGAAGGGUUUUGAGCAUGUCAGAUUUCAACGCUCCGAGGGGGCACUUGAGGCUUACCCUGCUAUGGGCACAACUGAUGCUAUUCUGGAUCUUGUGAGCAGUGGAACAACAUUACGAGAAAACAACUUGAAAGAAAUCGAAGGUGGUGUUGUUUUAGAAAGCCAAGCUGUGCUUGUUGCAAGCAGGAGAUCCUUAAACAUGCGCAAGGGUGCAUUGGAAAUUACUCAUGAGAUACUUGAAAGGCUCGAGGCACAUUUAAGGGCAAUUGGGGUAGUAACGGUCGUCGCAAAUAUGAGGGGCAAUAGUGCAGAAGAAGUGGCUGAGAGAGUUCUAAGUCAACCAUCAUUAUCUGGCUUGCAGGGGCCUACUGUAAGUCCGGUGUUUCGCAGUCGUGAUGGCAAGGUCGUAUUAGACUUUUUUGCGAUUGUCAUAUGUGUUCCCCAAAAGGAACUUUACAAGUCUGUUCAGCAACUGAGAUCAAUCGGUGGCAGCGGGGUCUUGGUUUCUGACCUGACUUAUAUUUUCGAGGAAGAGACCCCAAGAUGGCGCAGGCUUCUUUCUGAGCUUGGAUUAUAAUCCUCGUCAUCAAGCACUUUGCAGUGUUAUCUAUUUCAUAGCAACAAACUAGGAUUUGAGCGUCAAAUGGAGUCCAUUUAUUUAGUUCAUGUAUAAUACUCGGACACCAAAGUUAAACCUUUCUGAUUAUGUUGAUGAAACUUUUCAUGGACAACUGGAGAACACGGGUUGUGCAUAAGCAUUGUGGAAUGUGGUGCAUAAGCAUUGUGGAAUGUGUCGACAACACGGGUCGUGCAUAAGCAUUGUGGAAUGUGUCGACAUAUCGAGACAUGCAGCUUUUCUUAGAGCUCAUGAUGGAAAUUUCACUGUAAUAAAUUAGUAGCAUUCGAUUUUUUUUAUC